GGCUUUAUUUUAGAGAUAAAUUUUUAAUAAUAACUUAAACAAUAACUUAUAAGUAUUUUUGUUUUAAAAUUUAAUUCAUCAUAUAUUUCUGUGUGUUAAUAUUGCCCAGCCAAAUUUUAUCCAUGUAAUAAGAAGCAAAAUCAAUUUAAAAAUCUGAAGAUAUUAUAAGUAAAAUCGAUAACUUUACUAUUUUCAUUUUAUGAAAGGUAUUAUUUUUCCUGCGGUAAAUAGCCGUAAUUCUUUAAUUAUAAAUUUCUGUAAUACCUUUUUAUAUUUUACUCAUAUAAUUAUAUUUUGUUUUGGAUAGUUCAGGUAAAAAGAGAAUGAAACAAUGUGUGGAUAAUUGACAUCUUUUUUAAAAUACAAAUCAAUAUUUCCUUAAAGAAUAGAUUUUAUUGUUAUUCUAUAUUUUUCUACAAACUAUCUAACUGUUAUUGUUCUCAAAUAUGAUCUCAGAACUGUAAAAAUGUGAUCUCAGUAGACCAAUGAUUCCCAAUCAUUAAUAAUUAUAAAUUUCUUUCAUAAAUAUUUUCAUAUUUACAAUACAUUUUCAAUACAUUUUCAGAAAACUUUAAGAAUGUGACUGAAAGUUCGUUUUUAGUUAUUAUUCAUAAAUGUGUACACAAUAUUAAUUCUCAAUAUAGCUACAACUUUUUAAUAACUAUAGUGCCUGUUUUCACAUACUUUUUGGUUUUGUACAAAAUGAUUUUCAAAAGUUUAUGAAAUUAAUAAUUAUUGGGAAUCAUAAUUAAUUCUUUAUUUUAUGAAGUAUGAGCAUUUAAUGUAUUUUAUAAACUGCUACAAGAAAAGUAAGAAAUAUUAUUUUCAAAUAAUUCAUGCAUAACAUAAAAUAUAUCUUUAAUCACUCGACUGAGUAGUAAUAUAAAAAAAUAUGUAAAAUAUAUACUAUGAAGUUUACAACACAAUAAUGCAUGUAAGUGUUAAUAAAUGUUAUACAUAGCUUGACUAAUUUGAGAAUUGUAUAGUUAUUGGAUAGACUACAGAUAUUUAUGCAAAUUCAUAUUUUUAUAAACGCAAAAAAAAAAGCUAAGUAGAAAUUUAUUUCACCUACUAAAUAGUGCGAGCAGUCUAAUUUAGAUAUUUUAUAUAUUUUUGCCUUUUUAAAUUUCUCAUAAAUGCAUAAAAAUCCGCGGUCUACUUAUUAAUCAUCUCGACUUUAUUCAUUUUGAUUAAGUUACGACUUUAAAUUAACCCAACUAUCCUAACUGUAUCGCAUAAUUUAAGUUUCACCAUUCUACGUAAUGUUAAUAUUUGAAUGCGUAAUGAAGAACAUAUCUAAUAAUUCUCGAAAGUUAAUAAAGGAAAUAAUUCGAAAAUGCUUCCUUAAGAUUUAUUUCUUAAAUGUUUUUAAACUGCUUUUAAAAAGAAAUGCGCGGGAACUAAUUCUGCUGAAUGGAAAUGCGCGAUUUAUUAUUACUUAUAAUAGUUGUGUAGGUGCCUUUCCAUGUAGUUUUUUGUAACUUUUCCCCAGCAUAAGUACCAACAGAGCUAAGAUUUCUCCCUAAAAAUAUGUUGGGGUUUUCCAUCGUACGGUUGCCUAGGUAGCCACGGACGACGAAAUAUGUUUGGCGUAAACAAAUUGGUUCUCGUGAGAAGCUGAAUUAUUUUGUGGAAAUCAAUCGCAUAUGACAGUUCUCGUUAGUACAUAUCGGCAAUAUGACAUCUCUAGAUUUAAGACAACAGAAACUCGAACAGCAGAGGCAAUUAAUUGCACAAAAAAUGAAACAAAAACGACAAAGUGGUGCUGGUGGAAUGGUACAGGCAUCUAACAUAUCAAGCACUCAGCUUACAAGUCACUCUACAAAAUGGAUGAAUCCAAACAAAGAGCUUCGAGGAUAUGAUGGGCCAUUACAGUUUAAUAUAUCACAAACAAACCCAGAUUUAAAUACCUUUGCAGAAAAUAAGGAUGUGGAAUCAAGAAUUCAUGAAGUAAGUACAGAAGGAGGUUUUUAUCAAACUAUGGAAGCUGCAGAUUGUGCAGAUGAAGAAUCGUCACCUAUAGAUAUACACUCUCCUUCGGAAUCUUUACCAUGUCCUUCACCUCUUAGAGUAGCUCCAUCAGAUGUCGCUAGCACACUUAUCAGUAGGGAGAAUAAUUCUUCAAGUCCAGAAUUAGAGGGAAACGUGGAAGGGAAUAUAGAGCAUUUUGUAUUACAACCAGCAAAUAAAAAAAUGCAUUACAAAUGUAGGAUAACACGUGAUAGAAAGGGUAUGGACCGUGGCCUCUACCCAACUUAUUUUUUACACUUAGAACGUGAUUAUGGGAAGAAGAUUUUCUUACUAGCUGGACGUAAAAGAAAAAAAAGUACAACAAGUAACUAUUUAAUUUCCACCGAUCCUACAGACCUUUCAAGAACAGGCGAAUCUUAUAUUGGAAAAUUAAGAUCAAAUCUUCUGGGAACACAAUUUACCAUAUACGAUAAUGGAUAUUCAUUAAUGAAAGAUAAUAAAAGAGACGAUCGUUUUAAUCCCAGGCAAGAAUUAGCGGCGGUUAUAUACGAUACUAACGUUUUAGGAUUUAAAGGGCCACGUAAAAUGACUGUCAUUAUCCCGGGAAUGACAUCGGAUCAAAAGAGAGUUGAGAUUUGUCCACGGGAUGAGUCCGAAACACUUCUUGAACGAUGGAAAACAAAAAAUAUGGACAACUUAAUAGAAUUACACAAUAAGACUCCUGUAUGGAAUGAUGAUACACAGUCAUAUGUACUUAAUUUCCACGGACGCGUAACUCAAGCGUCUGUAAAAAAUUUUCAAGUGGUACACGAUAGUGAUGUUGAUUACGUUGUUAUGCAAUUUGGUCGUGUGGCAGAAGAUGUUUUUACAAUGGACUACAGGUUUCCAUUGUGCACGCUUCAAGCAUUUGCCAUCGCUUUAAGUAGCUUUGAUAGUAAGUUAGCUUGUGAAUAAUAUAAUUCAUAAUUGAGCGUAAAAAUGAUUAUACAUCUAUGGGCGAUAAACUAGAUUGGUUAGAAGAAUCUGCAAUAGACAAUCAACAGAUUGUAAUGAUGUUUUUCUACAAGCAUAUCUGUAACAAUAAGUAUUCUAUUGAUAUCUGAUGUAAGGAUAAUCGGUAUAAAUCGUGUGUUCACUUUUCUUAUAUAUGGAUACUGUUUUUAAAUGCUAAACAUACAUUUCACAUUUGAUGCAUUGCGCCCAAGGAUUAAGAUAACAGUUAUAAUUGUAUCGUUGUUGAUCUUAACAUAUUGUGCUAUAAUGUGCAUUUCGACUCGUAUUGCACAUGCAAUGUUUUAUUGUUAAUACUUGUAAUAAUAAUAUUGCCUAUAAACGUUCAGUGAUAAAUAAUAUACAUGGUAAAGAAUUAUAAUUUAAAAACAAACUGUACAAUUUUUAAUUUAUAUUUUAUUAAUUGUUUGCUCUCUUAUCCAAUAUUUGAAAUAUUUUAAAAUAUGUUUGUGCAAUCAAAUGUCUGGUAUUUACAAGGUUCACAUUUUGGUAUUAUCAUGAUCAGGUUUUUACACAAACGAUAUUUUAUAGCAAUGAUAUUGAUAUUGAUACACUGCACAAUUUACUGCCUAAACAGAUGAUAAUGAAUCUUUGUAUCAAAAGUAUAUGGAAUACAUAUAUGUCGAGUUGUUUUUAUGCUAUAUAUCUUUGCUUGAAGAUAUCAAGCACAUUUUACAUUCAUGAUAAUAAAAUAACAAAAAAUUAUAUGAGAAAUAAGAUUAAAGGUAAUAUUUAUCUGCAAUGUUUUUUAGAACUGACAUUAAGGAGAUAAAUGAUCAGUUAUUUGCAAACGGAUUUGUAUGUAAUUUAUUACUUUUUCUUAGAAUUGGGAAUAAUCUUACAAAUGACAAAUAUGUUUUUAUUUAUAUGAAAAUAUGUUGUGUAUAGCUCCCAGUGCAUAAUAUUGUAUUUCACUGUGUGAAAAAUUUUUGAAUAUCUAAGUGCACUGGUCAAAGAUAUUGCUAUAGCAGUGUAACCACGAUUUCAGUGUACGUAUUAUAAUGGAUCUGUUAGUCAUUGUCUAAACGUGUCAUUCAAAAUACAUAUCAAGUAUUUUUAUUUGAUAUACAACUUAUUGUUCAAAAAACAUGUUAUCAUUGACAUAAAAUCCCUUAUAUUUAUAAAAAUACCAAAGAUAUGUUGAUACUUAUGUAUAAUGUAGAAUGAAUUCAUUAAAGCAUUGAUAAAAAUAUUUUUAUGCUGUGCCUUUACAUAACAUUAAUUGCACAUUAGGGAAUUGCAAAGAAAAACUUGACAAUUUUUAUUUCAUUAUGUAAAUCUUCAUCCAUUGAAUUCAACACUUAUGAGCAUUUUAAUGAUCAUGUACUAUUUUCAUCAAAUUUACAAAAGGUAAAGUUCAUUAUUAUUUCAAAAUUCCGUAAGAUCAUUUAUUAGUGUGUUUUAUGCAGCUGGGAAUUAGAUAUAUAUGGUAUUAAAUGUUUAUAUAUAUAAUAAAAUAAGAUAAAAUAACAAAAGGUAAAGUGAGAUGUAAACAAAUGUAAAAUUGCAACAAAUUGCAACGCGAAAAACGGCAUUAUAGAAGUAUUGGAGAAAAUUUGUAACUUUAUAAAUUUUAUACAUCUUAAGUUUUGUUUGUGAUAAAGUACUGCUAUUUAUAAAAAAUGAAUGUAUAUUUUAUCAAAGAAAGGUGCUACUUAAAGCAAAAUCAUUUUUAUCAAGAUAAAGCAAAACCAAUUUAAAUACUAUAUAAGUAAACAGUAUUAAUAUUAUUUAGAAUGUCAAUUAGACAUUUUGUAAGUGUAAUAUUUCAUAUUGGACUUAUUUUUUACUUCAGUAAUGUUAAUACCGAAUAGCAUUUAAGUGUAUUGAUAAUACUUUAAUUGCGUGUGAGUGUGCGUGUACACAUUAAAAAGUAAAAUCUGUAAUUAGCUUAUCAUGUUUAAUGUUGUGAAUUAAAGUGUUCAAUGAGUAUUAUAUUUUCAUCAAUCUGAAAAUAAAUACAAAUUGUAACUUCUUA